UGGUUGUUGAAGCCGCAUAAAACUGCGUGCGGGCGCUUUUGCGGCACAUUUGGGAGUGUUGCCACUUGCCACUCAGGACCAGUGAAAGUGGACAGCAUUUCCUUGGUCCGUUCAGUGUGUCCACGGAAUCGUGAGGAGCGUGUUGCGCUAUUGCGUGCUUUUUUCAAACGAACCGUUAGAUUGAAAGUUUUACAACAUGCGGUGGUUCCUACUAGUAUGCUUAGUGGGGGUUGCGAGCGGACUCCCCACUGAGGCACCGAAAGAGGGGGAGAAGGGCUUCAUUGACUGGAUAAACAGUAUCUUGGGGGAUCCCACCACCACCACGCUGCGUCCUACACAGGACCCUCCGGAUGACUGUCCGUCUUGCCAAUGCGGCGUACCGACACGCUCGCGCAUUGUCGGCGGCUACGAGACCAAGGUCCUGGAGCUGCCCUGGAUGGCGGCGCUCAUGUACAACGGCCGCUUCUACUGCGGCGGCUCGCUCAUCAACGACUUCUACAUCUUGACCGCCGCCCACUGCACGAGCGGAUUCCGCAAGGAGAGAAUAACCGUGCGUUUGCUAGAGCACGACCGCUCCAUGCCCAACGAGACGAAGACCAUCGACCGUGGCGUGCAGGCCAUCAUCCGCCACCUGCGCUACAACCCGGGCACUUACGAUAACGACAUCGCCUUGCUGAAGCUUGAUCAGAGGGUAGAUCUGAACAAAGCCGUGAAACGUCUGCGCAACGAUCCCGAGAGCUCAGGCGAGGAGGGCAACGACGAGGAGGAUCAGCCGGGGCUGCGGCCCGUAUGUCUCGCAAGUCCGGGCCUGUCCUACUCCAACUACUCAGGGGUGGCCUCCGGCUGGGGCACCACUACGGAAGGCGGAUCCGUCUCUAAUUCCUUGCAGGAGGUGUCAGUGCCCAUAAUCUCGAACGCAGAGUGCCGAAAGACGGCAUACAAGCAGCGAAUCACGGACAACAUGCUAUGCGCAGGCGAACCGGAGGGCGGGCGGGAUGCCUGCCAAGGCGACUCAGGCGGCCCGCUGCACAUCCUCAACACGGACAACAACGUUCUGCAGGAAGUCGGUAUCGUGUCGUGGGGCGAGGGAUGUGCGCGGCCGGACCGGCCCGGCGUGUACACGCGCGUCAACCGCUACCUCACCUGGAUACGCAGCAAUACGCGCGACGCCUGCUACUGCACGGACUAGUUUGCAGAACUACCAAGUCCAUCUGAGAGGACAUGUCAAAUAAAAAAUCUCACCUUGGAGGAAAUAUCCUCAUGUCUCAUAAACAUGAGUGAUAAAGUAAAUGUAAGAAAGCCUUAAU